AUGAAUCAAAAAGAACGCCGUCAACUCCGCCGGGCCGUGGAACGAGAGCAGGAGCGGUCCCUGACAAACAUGGAGGACGCUGGAGAGGAGGUCCAGGCGGAGGCGGGUCCAUCCACUUCAAACAUGGAGGACACUGGUGUGGAGGUUCAGGCGGAGGCGGGUCCGUCCACUUCAAACAUGGAGGACGCUGGUGUGGAGGUUCAGGCGGAGGCGGGUCCGUCCACUCCAAACACGGAGUCACAGCAAGACCAACCUGAAGUCCAGGAAGAGUCAACAGAGCAGGAUCCAGCUAACCUUUCCCGAGAGGAUUUAUUGAAAGAAAGAGACCUGCUAAAACUGCGAGCCCGAAUGGAGUAUGAGGACAAGUACAGAGCCCAUUUCUAUAUCGCGACACUGACGUCAGAGCACAAAGAAAAAAUGAAAGAGAAAGACGCCAUAAUUCAACGACCAUACAUAAGUCCUUUUUGA